AUGCCUACCGAAACCCUCGAUCCAGGAACCGUCCUCAUCGUGGGCGGCGGCCCCGUCGGCCUCAUCACGGCCACGACACUAGCCAAGUACGGCGUGCGCAGGAUUGCAGAGGCACUCCGAAAGGUCGCCGUGCCCUCGCACUAUCCGUUUACAUGUCUCUUUUCGAGCGGGCUACAUGCCGAGAAAGCAAUCACCGCAUGGGACCUGCCGAGUCCGGACGAGUACCAGAGACGGAUUAAGGAGCAGAACGAUGGGAGUAUGCCGUCGGAACCGUGGUUGCGUGUUUCCCAGGAGAUCUUUGUGGCGUGGCUUAAAGGGCUUGGGAUGGAGAAUCCGCUUAUUGACUUCCGUGCUGGGUGGAAGGUUACCGAGGCGAGUGAACUUGACAAUGGAGCGCAAGUGGACGCCAUCCAUCCGGAGACAGGUGAAGACUGGAAAUUCAGUGCUGACUUUGUAGUCGGAUGCGAUGGCGCCCACAGUGCUAUACGCAAGAGUCUGGAUAUUCCCUUGGACGGGGGCCCGAUCCACGGGUACGCGGUCCUCGUGCAUUUCAAAUCAAGAGAUCUCUCACGCAUCCAAAAGCAAGGCCAAUUCUGGCACUUGUUUUUCCCCAAUGCUGCGAGUGAUGGCGGGUCCAUCAAGGGGGCCGUCAUCGCACAGGACGAAAUCGACACCAGGACCGUUCAUCGUUUCAUGCGGCCCGACGUGGAUCAUACACAGCUCUCGUCGGAGGAGAUCGUCUAUGACCUUCUGGGUGGGAUGAGUGGCCGACCGUUCCCGAUCAAGAUUGACGAGGUCCUUGUUCGCUCGACGUGGACACCUAGCGUCGCACUGGCGCGUUCUUACGCAGGGCCUAAGCAUCAUAUAUUCAUCGCGGGAGACGCAUGCCACCAGACUGUGCCGACGGGCGGCUACGGAAUGAACACUGGUAUUGCAGAUGGUUACGAUAUCGGCUGGAAGCUGGCGGCCGUGAUACAAGGGUGGGCUGGUCCCGCGACACUGCUCUCCUAUGAGCAAGAGCGCCGGCCUGUGGGAGAACUGGCACUGCAAUGGUCAAAGGUCCACAUGGGCAACUUGAUGAAGAUGUCGGCCGAACUGGGUCUCGACGCCGACGUGAUCGAGUCCAACAGUGAGGCGGGCGCUCAAAUGCGAUCAGCCAUGCAUUCCUAUCUCCAAACAUACGACGGCCAUAACCAGAGUAUCGGGGUGGAGAUGGGAUACCGCUAUGUGUCUGGUCUUUGUGUUCCUAGUCCUCUUGACGUCGAGCUUUCUCCGCCAGAGUUUCAUCCCAGAAAGUACACACCAAGCACCAUGCCGGGUUACCGACCUCCUCAUGUGUAUCUGACGACCGGGACGCCUGUGUCCCAUCUUUUCGGUGACGGCUUCACGCUUGUUGCGUUCCCAGAGAGGGAAGAAUUGGCCACGUCCAUUGGGCUGCUGAGAGAGUCGGCGCGGAAGAGAGCCGUGCCCCUUGACACUGUUGAGUUACCAGGGGAAGUGCAUGCUCAUGUGGUUUGGGGGGCUUCUCUAGUUCUCGUUCGACCAGACGGAUUCGUUUCAUGGCACGGUGACAACAUUCGCAGCCGCGAAGAAGCUGAUCGCAUUAUAGCCCAGGCCAGUGGUUUUGAUCCUGGUUCCUUUGGGUGGCCAUGA